AUGGACAUGAGACCAGAGGAUACCGAGCUGCACGAGUUCAACGAGCUUGGAUUGCACAAUGCUACCAUUGCCAGCCAUGAUGCCACCGACUCUGCCAAUGCUGUGGCACGUUACGCGUCUACACUGUCCCUCCGCCUGCACCAACUGCGUCGCCAUCCUCUGGGCAAUUUCCUCUACUGGAUCAUGUUGAUCCUUGGUCUCCUCCUUCUGACUGCCACUGUCGCGGUCAUGCUGUUUCUCACCGUCUCGAUCUGGAUCCACACCCUUGGAUUGCUGAAAACACACGUCUCAAAUGUUCCAUUGCCAGUACAGACUUGA